CAAAAGAGGAAUUAAAUCACUGAAAAUAGCAAAACUGCACACUGAAAAAUAACAUAUAAUUUCAUCACAUCAUUUAAAAUCAAACAUUAAAAAAUGUUUCCAGCACCUCACUACAGGGAACAGUUUUCACUGAUGUUAUCCGAGGUUUUAUAUGACAUCGGUGUUAAUGAACAAAAGAUUGCGAGAUGGAGAAAAUUGAUGCAGAUGGAAGAGACAUUGACUAAUAUCACUAUGAUGCAAACUGGUGUAAAUAUAACUUCAUACUAUUUGGGGAGUAAAAGUGAAGGUACAACUACUCCAGGACUUGAGUCAGACCUAGAUUAUAUAGCUUGUGACAAUAAUGUCAGAGUUAUACAAGACUUGUCAGAGUGGGAACAUGGCAAGAAAAACUACCUUAUGAUACAGAAUGAGAACACCACCCCUGGGUAUUGUUUGCUACAACUGUUCCAAUAUGGUAGACCUAUGCCUGCCAAUGAAAUUCCUGAUGAACAUCAUUUAUCUGACAGAAGAAGAAUAUUGUGUAAAAACACGAUUAAAGAUUGCUUUAUGACUUCUGGUUAUGAGCAGCAUGGACCAUCUAUUGCUAAACGAUGGCAACAUGGAUUUUGUGAUACAGACAUGGUGCCUGCCUUUCCCUGUAAAUCCUGGCCGCAAUCAGCAUCAGGUUGGUUAAAGAGACAAGGUACAGGAGGAUUGCCAACACAUGAGAUGAGAAGAUUUACAGCCCAAACAACAUGUUUUGUUGUUCCAACUGGAAGUAAAGUCAGUAUAUAUCCGGAACUGGAAUGGAGAAUAUCUACAUCACUGGCAGAGAAAUAUCUUAUGUUUAAUUUAAAUAUAACACAAAUAAGAUGUUAUGUGUUACUGAAAAUUAUUCUUAAAUCAUGCCUGAAUCCUCAGGGAGAAAUAAAUUUAUCAAGUUUUAUGAUUAAAACAGUUUUAUUCCAUUGUAUAGAAAAUACAGAACCAAGUAUAUGGGUAGAUAACAAUUUAUUGACAUGUUUGAUAUUCUGCUUACAGGAAUUACACAGUUGUGUACAGAAUGAACAUUGUUCCCAUUUUAUAAUAUCUGAAAACAACUUGAUGGCAGGGCAAUUUACUUCUGAAACAAACCAUAAACUUACAGAAAAUGUAAGUGACUUUAUUCAAAAUGAUAGGCAUUUUUUGCUUCGAAUUGAUACUGAUUAUCUUGGAUAUAGACUACAAGCUAAACUGAACAUGGUACCACAGAGAGUUUACAGGUCUUGUAUUUCUUUUUCAUCCUACCUUAUGUUUGCAUGUAAUAUAUUUUGGGCUUACACUUCUUUCAUUAGACGAUUACCAAACGAAAACUUUGAAGAAAAAAUGAACCAAUAUUGUAACAAUUAUUUACCUUCCCUAAUGACCUAUGACAUUGAUAAUGAUGAAAUCAUUGCACAUAACAGAACAAGAUAUCAGGCACCUUUGGCCUUUACCACAUAUGGAUCUGCCCUAGCAUCAUCCAGUAUUGGUAAAAAUAAUGAAAUAUUGCCUGAAGCAUUUACUUUGCUAUCGGAUGGUUUAAACUCAGAUGUUUCAUCUGGCAAGCUGAAACUGGCAUCAGUAUUCUACAGUAUAGGUCAGAUGGAGAAAGCUGAAGAGAUUCUGAGACAAACUAAACAAAAAUAUCUCUCUCAUCAUGUUGUCCCUAUCUGUAUCAGCGAAGAGAGGAUUCCAUCAACAUUAUCUGAAGACAUUGUAAGGGUAUGUAAAGAACACAAAGAAGACUGUAUCAGACAUAUUGUAGCAUUUUGCGUCCAUUUCAUACGGCAGGAGAUCAACUGCGUUCCUCAUGAACUACAGUAUGAAAUGUUCAGAUCUACACAAGAUGACAUGAAACACAGAGUAAAAAAACAACUUUGGUUUGAAGACAGUUUUAUGACCUGGGCUACAGUUGAUUCUCUACUUUUCUUAUACUUCCUACAAUAUAAGAUCUAUGGUCAUCUUAAAAGACAUCAAGAAAAACAACAAGCACUCAAUAAGCUUAUGAGAACCACAUUUCCUGGGGAAAACCUUAAUCAUAGAGAAACAGCUCUUAACAUUUUAGGGCAAAUUAUGGAACAAGAAAAUAGACCAAAUUAUGCUUUCAAUUGCUACAUAUAUUCUCUGCGAGAAAGAGCAAGAAAUAAUGCUGCAAAAAUUCAUUUAUGCCGACUUCUCUCCUAUUUACUACAACCCAGAGUUGAAAAGACGUUGUACCAACGUUGUACUGACAUUAGACCCUAAUGUUGGGUAAACGUUUGCAGGAGGUUUGGAUUUGACAGUAUUUUAGAUAUCAGAAACCAACGUCUAUACAACGUCAUAAGAUGACCUUUAACUACAAUCCAACCUUUUCUGACCAUUAUCUGACCAUAAUUCAACCUUUUCUGACCGUAAUCUGACCAUAACCGAACCUUUUGUCAUCAUGAUCUGGCCAUAAUCCAACCUUAUCUGACCAUGAUCAGAGAGUGUCCCCAACCUUUUCUGACAAUGAUUUUGUCACAUUCCAAACUUUUUGGAAUAUGAUUUAUUCAUUUUAAAUUAUAACCAAAACAUUUUAGUAUCAAUUUCAUAUGAAUAGGUCAAUAGGUUAAACAAAUAAGCAUUCAUAUAAUUUUAGCAAUUAAUUUUCAACAUGGAAUCACACACAAAACAAUAAACGUGGUAUAGCAAAAGCAAGAUAUACAUAUGUUUGAAACUAUUAAACUUGACAGUAUGUUAUAAUAACGCUUCAUGAAUAAAUUGAGCAUGUAUAUAAGAAAAGACAAACGAUAUGCAGUCAUAUUUCAAUUUUGACUGCUUAAAUAAAAAAGUUAUUGUGAUUUUAUUAUUUUUAAUUUACCAUUGUCGUAAUUAUACAGGUAUGGGUCUUUUUAUAUUCACUGCUAUUUCUAUAUUAAGUUUUUAUUGGUUUCUCAGCAUUAUGUUUGAAAAGAUACAAUUUUGAGUAAUUUGGAAUUUAAAAAGCUCAUUGAUUCUAUUUCUUGUUCUUCUCACAUGCAAGUGAAUGCUCAAAGUAAUUCUUAUUCCCAAAAGACAUUAUUUAUUUUCAUAUUUAAGCUAUUUCCCCAAAAACAAUUAAGGGAUUACAUAUUAUGUUUUAAAAAUAUUAAUGUUUCUUUAAUAUUUAUUUGUAUUAAGGGCAUGUUAAUACUUUUAUAUAAAUGGUACAAUAAGGUACUACA